AUGUUGAUCAAUAAACAGCUUCCAGCAGGCGAAUAUCGCCAUAAUUAUGUUCGUUUAGCUCUUCUGGUUGGUACAUUUCUUUUAUUCAUUGGUUAUAUAGCUGUCAAUGAAUUAUAUGAAUAUGGCAAUAAUCACAUAUUUCUAAAUGGAACAAUACGUGCUGAAGAUACAACUGUCAAUGAUAUUACUCCAUCAGAUUGGGUUUAUCGAAGUUUAAAUGGAUUAAAUUAUCUAUGGCAGUUUGCUUGGCUUCUUUAUUCAUUAACAUUUAUUUAUCGUCGAUCAUCAAUUGGUUAUCUAUAUUUAUCACCAAAUACAUUAACACCAACGUUUUGUAUUACUUAUAUCAUAGCUUUUCUUCUACCAUCAAUAUGGAUUCUAUUUUUUCAAAAAUCUUAUAUAGCUUGGACUUGGAUUGUUUAUUUAGUAUCAUUUUUAUUACUUACAUUGGGUUUAUUUAUUUUAAAUAAUAAUAUAUCAAUCAAUCAGAAAAUUUAUGAAACGGAUGGAUUUAAUCGAGAUAUUUGGUGUCUACGAUUUUUUGCUCAAAAUGGCGUGGCUUUCUUUGCUUGCUGGAUAGGUGUUCGAUUUGUUCUUGCUUUCGAUACGUUUCUUCAACUAUAUUUGUCUUUUUCAAUUGUAAACGCUGGUACAAUUGCAUUAAUUUUAGCAGCAAUUAUUGCCGUUACAUACUUUUUUGGGCCAAAUCUCAAUGCAGCUCUUGUCGAAAAAUGUGCUUAUCAAUUUUCACCAUGGAUUGUUUUCAUUUUUUAUUUCUGGGGUGUUGUUGAAAAUAAUUGGGUUCCAAAGAGUGUUAGAAGAAAUAAUAUUAUUGCUGCACUUGAACUCUUGGCAAGCGUAGUCGCAGCUAUUGGUGCUUUAGUUUUAUUUACUAUGCGUUAUCGCAGAUCAAAGAUUGAUCCAAUACCAUAA